AUGCCACGUCAAGCGCAUGGAAGGCCCAUCCAGGCCGGCAAAACAAACAAACCGGCUAAGAGACGAGCGGCCAAGAAUCGCACGCUCAACGCCCUACAGAUUGCAGAACAGGAAAAUCUAGAUGAAGUCAAAAUCCCACAACACCGCCUGGGAACGAUCGAGGACGAUGACGAAGGGGCCCGAAGCCUAGAAGAAGCCGACGAAAGAUCGUCGAAGAGGAGAAAAAUCGAUACCCCGGGCGAAGACGACUCUGCAGACGAGGGCUCAGAUCCAGAGGGUCACAGGUGGCACGUUGGCGUCGAUGAGGACGAUGAAGACAGUGAUAUUGACAGCGAGGAAGCCUUUGGCGAGAGUGAUGAAGAGCGCUUUGCAGAUUUUACAUUCCGUGGCAGUGCCGAUACCACUGUCGGGCCGAAGAAGCGUCGCGCAUCUCGAGACCUUGAUCUGAAUGACGGCGAGACUGGGGACCAAUCAGGAGAUGAAAUUGACGACGAUUUUGGAGAGGAAGGUGUUGACCUAGCCACUGCCUGGGACAUGGAUGAUCAGGAUGAGAAGGAGGCAGCAGAAAAGAAGAAGCAGAAAUCCCGAAGACAGAGAGGGGGUGACACGGACGACGACGACGACGAUUCUGGGUUGACAUCGGCGUCCAGUGAGGAAGAUUCCUCUCAUGCCGAUGACGACGAAGAGUCUCAGCUUUCCAUCUCUGAUGAUGAGGGCGAUCAUUCAAGACUACAGAGUUUUGUCGAAGGACUCUCCAACGAUCCUCAGGCAAAAUCGCGUCGGCAACGCGACGUCCAGAGUUUGCCUGACAAGCCUUCUCAAUUCGGCCUUAGCUCUACCAAGAUCUCAGCUUCUGACCUGCUUCAAUAUCUGAAGGACCCGCGCCAAAGACAGUCCUUGAGAGUUUUGCAGAACAGCGAAGAAAAAGGGCAUGAGAUUUACAAAGGUGGCAUUCCUGGAAAACUCGCUCCUCCUCUGGCAAAGAGGCAACAAGAUCGCCUCGACCGAGAGGCUGCAUACGAAGAGAGCAAAAAGGAGCUGGGCAAAUGGAUCGAAACGGUCAAGCGAAACCGACGAGCAGAGCACAUAUCUUUUCCCCUGGAGGACCCUGCUGCUGUUGCUGCGCCGGGCCGUAAAAAGCUCGGUCCGACGUCUCAAUCACAACCAAUGACCUCUCUAGAGUCAACAAUUCAAUCGAUCAUGAUCGAAAGUGGGAUGCUGUCCCAGGAUCAUCGUUCAGCAGACGAUCAGGAACAAGCCUAUGAGGAUCUUCAAGAGAAGCGAAUACCGCUAGAAGAAGUUCAAGCUAGGCGAGCAGAACUCCGGCGAGUCCGCGAGCUGAUGUUUCGCGAGGAGAUACGAGCAAAGCGGAUAAAGAAGAUCAAGAGCAAGGCGUAUCGUCGCGUCCACCGCAAAGAGCGUGAAAAGGCAACUCUUGAAAAUAGGACUCUGCUGGAAGCACAGGGUUUGAUCAACUCGGAUGAAGAACAAGAGCGGAAUGACCGUCGUCGGGCUGAAGAACGCAUGGGUGCGCGUCACCGAGAGAGCAAAUGGGCCAAGAGUGUCAAAGUUACCGGGAGAGCGGCAUGGGAUGAGGAUGCUCGACAUGGAGUGACUGAUCUUGCCCGGCGGGACGAGGAACUUCGCAGACGCAUCGAAGGCAAAGCCAACCGCGGCUCCGAAGAACCAGAGUCGGAGUCAGAUGAUUCCGAUCGAUUCUCCGGGACGGAUGAUGAGAGGCAGUGGCUGCAGAAUGAGCUCGAUGACAUCGACCAUCCUGAACCGGAAUCCACCGAAACACGCCUCAGCGCAAUGGCCUUUAUGAAGAGAGCAGAGGCGGCGAGGAAGGCUGCUAAUGAAGAAGAGGUCAAGAGCCUCAGACGCAGCCUGCGCGAGGAACAUGAUAACUCUGCAGAGGAAGCGGAAUCCGAGGAUGAUUUACCCUUUGGGCGUCAAAAGUUUGGUUUGCAAGGUACAAAGGAAGAACCGAGACGCGAAGUCACUGUUCAGAAGAGCGAGUUUGAAGAACGCGAGUCGGAUGCUGAGCUCGAUAUGGCAGACGAGCAGGGUGUAGGCCGAGACUCGGUAGCUGACCAUGCGACUUUGAAGACGACGAUGCCCAGAGCAGAUUCGACUCGAACAUCAAAGCAGAGCCAGGCUGGCAGACAGGCGCAAGGUGGGGAGGUUGGGCUCAGGGGUCCCGGGAAGACAGCCACGGAGAGUGUAUCUCGCAACCCGGGGAAGCUACAGAAAACGAAGUCCAAGGCGGCCGAGCUCGAGCUCCAAGAUUAUACCAGCCCAUCAGAGUCGGAAGAUGAGCAAGACACCAAGUCUGCCCUUGCUCGUGCCAUCUUUGCCGGUCCUGAGGAGUUGGAGCAAGACUUUGCCAAGGAGAAAAAGGAGACGGUUGAGGAAGAGGGUGAUCAGAUCAUCGACAACAGUCUUCCAGGCUGGGGAAGCUGGACAGGUGAUGGUGUCAGCAAGAAGGCCCAGAAAAGGGCCAAGGGCCGUUUCCUGACUACGAUCAAGGGCGUCGCAGAAGACAAGCGGCAAGACGCCAAGUUGGAGCGCGUGAUCAUCAACGAGAAGCGCGUGAAGAAGAACAGCAAGUAUCUGGCCAGUGAGCUGCCCCAUCCCUUCGAAACACGGCAGCAGUACGAAAGAUCACUUCGCCUUCCUCUAGGCCCCGAAUGGACCACGAAGAGCACGUUCCAGGAUGGAACAAAGCCACGGGUCCUGAUGAAACAGGGCAUCAUCCGCCCCAUGGCACGACCUUUGGUAUAA